AUGGAGCACGUGACGGAGGGUUCCUGGGAGUCGCUGCCGGUGCCGCUGCACCCGCGGGUGCUGGGCGCGCUGCGGGAGCUGGGCUUCGCGUGCAUGACGCCGGUGCAGUCUGCGACGAUCCCUCUGUUCAUGAGAAACAAAGAUGUAGCCGCAGAAGCGGUCACGGGCAGUGGGAAGACCCUGGCGUUUGUCAUUCCCAUCCUGGAAAUUCUCCUGAGAAGGGAGGAGAAGUUAAAGAAGAGUCAAGUUGGAGCCAUAAUCAUCACACCCACCCGGGAGCUGGCUGUUCAGAUAGACGAGGUCCUGUUGCACUUCACAAAGCACUUCCCUCAGUUUAGCCAGAUUCUUUGGAUCGGAGGCAGGAACCCUGGAGAAGAUGUCGAGAGGUUCAAGGCACAAGGUGGGAACAUCAUCGUGGCGACCCCGGGCCGCCUGGAGGACAUGUUCCGCAGGAAGGCCGAGGGGCUGGACUUGGUCAGCUGUGUGAAGAGUCUGGACGUCCUGGUGCUGGACGAAGCCGACCGCCUUCUGGACAUGGGCUUUGAGGCAAGCAUCAACACCAUCCUGGAGUUGUUGCCAAAGCAGAGGAGAACAGGCCUCUUCUCGGCCACUCAGACGCAGGAAGUGGAGAACUUGGUGCGCGCUGGCCUUCGGAACCCCGUGCGCAUCUCCGUGAAGGAGAAGGGCGUGGCUGCCAGCAGCACCCAGAAAACCCCGUCCCGCCUGGAGAACUACUACAUGGUAUGUAAGGCCGAUGAGAAAUUUAACCAGCUCAUACAUUUUCUCCGAAAUCAUAAGCAUGAAAAACACCUGGUGUUCUUCAGCACCUGCGCCUGCGUGGAGUACUACGGGAAGGCCCUGGAGGCCCUGGUCAAGGGCGUGACGGUCAUGUGCAUUCAUGGCAAGAUGAAGUUCAAGCGCAACAGGAUCUUCAUGGACUUCCGCAAGCUGCAGAGUGGCAUCCUGGUGUGCACGGACGUCAUGGCCCGCGGAAUCGAUAUUCCCGAAGUGAACUGGGUUUUGCAGUACGACCCCCCCAGCAAUGCAAGUGCCUUUGUGCAUCGCUGUGGCCGCACUGCCCGCAUCGGCCACGGGGGCAGCGCCCUGGUGUUCCUUCUUCCCAUGGAAGAGUCCUACGUCAAUUUCCUCGCCAUUAACCAGAAGUGCCCCUUGCAGGAGAUGGGGCUCCAGAAGAACACAGCGGACGUGCUCCCCAAGCUGAAGGCCAUGGCGCUGGCCGACAGGGCCAUGUUCGAAAAGGGCAUGAAGGCCUUCGUGUCCUGCGUGCAGGCCUACGCCAAGCACGAGUGCAGCCUCAUCUUCAGGCUCAAAGACCUCGAUUUUGCCGGCCUGGCUCGCGGCUUUGCCCUCCUCAAGAUGCCCAGAAUGCCUGAGCUGAGAGGGAAGCAGUUUCCUGACUUCGUGCCCGUGGACGUGAACACAGACACGAUCCCGUUCAAAGACAAAGUCAGAGAAAAGCAGAGGCAGAAGCUGCUGGAGGAGAAAAGGAAAGAGAAUGCCGAACACGAAGGCAGAAGAAAGUUCACAAAGAACAAAGCUUGGUCCAAGCAGAAGGCCAAGAAGGAAAAGAAGAAGAAGGUGAACGAGAAACGGAAACGGCAAGAGGGCUCUGACAUGGAAGACGAGGACAUGGAGGAACUUCUUAAUGACACAAGACUCUUGAAAAAGCUCAAAAAGGGCAAAAUCACUGAGCAAGAAUUUGAGAAGGGCUUGUUGACAAGUAGUAAAAGGACAGUGAAUGCAGACUUCGGGAUGUCGGAUCUGGAAGAUGACAGCUGA